GAGGACCAGGGCAGCACCGCUUCACAGGAAACUGUGGCACGUAGCUAGGUUUUCUUCACCACCACCACCAACCACCACCAAAUAAAUACUUGGGUUGCAAGGAGCCUUACCAGGAAAAGCUGCGUUUCCAGCGCAGCCUUAUCAGCGAAGGAUGCAGGCGCUGUGAGGCAUUGGACCAUUCCUCUGCAAUUGCGGUGCUCCGGUGCCAUGGAGGAUGCGUCUACUCUGGACUACGAACUGCUGUCUCCAGGCCAGAUGGACCCUGGACCCGGGGCCCUCCUUGGCAUGGAUGUGGAGCAGAAGACUGUCUUUGCCUUUGUCAUCUUCCUCCUGAUCUUCCUGGUGAUCCUGAUGGUACGCUGCUUCCGCAUCCUCCUGGAUCCGUACAGCCAGAUGCCCGCCUCGUCCUGGACUGACCACAAGGAAGGCCUGGAGAGGGGGCAGUUCGACUAUGCCCUUGUCUGACUCUGGACGCCAGCCGACCCUGCCAAGAUGGCACUGUGGAGGGAGUGGUCAAGGGGCAGAAACCCUGGGCUCAUCCUAUUCUCAUAUUGGCUCUUUUCUAUGUGGGGAUAUAUGUUUGGAGACAGGGAAGCGGUGGGAGGGAGAUCAGUCCAAUUUGUUUAAUCCUGACCACAACAGACCCAUCUGACUCAAUGGGAUUUGCAUAGUGGUGGCUAACAAGUCCCAUCAUUUCAGUGGGUCUAAGUGGAGGCAUUUCCCUUCCCCUUUGCAUCUGGUGUGGCCCCCCCAAGUCUUUUGUGAUGUGUCGGUCAGGGGCUGGAGGGUGGGUCAAGGGAAGGGUGUUGUGUUGCUGCAGGUAUGGUGCUGGUGGUGUGCGUGUGUGCAUAGGAACCAAUACGUAAACAGCGGGGAAAGAGAAGUCCGAUGUGCUGGAGUGAGGAGUCGGGGCCAGUGUUUGGAGGUGGAAAACCCUGAUCCUUUCCCCAGGUGUUCCUUUUUGGAUGCUGCCAAUAAAUAAGAAAGCAUCUUGAGCAAAAAGCUUGCUGGGGUGUUUAGUAGUCAAUGGUGCCUAUUGGCUUCCAUGU